AUGGGUUGGCCUGGCGGUGGCAGUCACCUGCGAAACAUCAAACUGGCAAUGUCUCACUUGGUGCGUAGUUCGCUGUAUGAUCGAACGCACCAAGGCAGAGAAGACGACAAGCCUAUUCACAUCUCACAACACCCCAUGGCUCCCCGGAGAGAAAGAAAAAAAGAACAAGGAGAAGAGAAAAGAGCGUCUAGCUCGAAGAAGGAGAGCCUCGAAGAAGGAGGGAAGUUGAAGGUUGUCUACCGCGCGGUUCUGUCGAAGCCAGCCCAACAGAAACUUCGAGGAGUCGCAUUGUCCCAGAUCUCGGCGCCACGAAUCAUACUUUGCGGAUAG